AUGACGCAGACACCGCGGCUGAUACCUGGGCGCCAGCAGUCGGACCGGGCACAUCAGGUGAAGCUGCUGCUGCUGACCGCGCUGCUGCUGGGGGCGAUGGCGCCACCGUGUCUGGCGCAACAGCUGCAGCAAGCGGGUGCCAACUACUACUGCAGCAGGAGUCUGUGUCCGGGCGGAGACGCGCACGUCGGCUGCUACUCGGAGCUGCCGUUCGGUAAGGCGUGCCAGGGUCUGAAGCCGGAGGUGGUGCCGAUGACGGCGGGGCGCAAGGCCGCCAUCCUCGAGCAGCACAACCGGCAGCGCCAGCGGCUGGCCGUCGGCAACCUGCCCGGCUACAGCCAGGCCUACCGGAUGCCGCAGCUCUACUGGGACGACGAGCUGCAGUACCUGGCCGAGCUGAACGCGCGCUCGUGUGUGUACGCGCACGACCACUGCCGCAACACGGUCGCGUACCCGAAGGCCGGCCAGAACAUCGCCAUCAUCCGGCACUUCGGGCUGAACGUCACCAAGGAGCAGGUGUACCGGUACAUCAUCGACCACUGGUUCAACGAGUACCCGCUGGCGGUCCGCUACGAGGACCACUACCCCGAGAACUACGUCGGCCCGGACUUUGCCCACUUCACGCAGAUCGUCAACGACCGGGCCGUGCGCAUGGCGUGCGGUAUGUCGACCUGGCAGACCUACAACGGCUACGUCUGGACGCACGACUACCUCGUGUGCAACUACGCGUACGGCAACGUCAUCGGCGACCGCUCCUACACCAAGGGCCCGGUGGCGGGCGGCUGCAUCAACGGCCAGAGCCCGAGCUACCCGGGCCUGUGUGUGUGA